AUGACCUUGAGCAAGUUUAAAUUUUUACCUGUCGUUGUUCUUUUUGAAAUUUUUGCUUAUUUAUCUCCUGCUGAAAUUCUUCAAUCAUUUAUAUCAUUAAAUAAACGCUUUUCAGCAAUUAUUAUCAAUGAAUAUUUGUGGCAUAUCCAUAUUGGUGGUAAUACAAUAUCAUUAUCGAUGUUCAAUCAUCGUUGUCAAAAUGAGUUAAAAUUAAUAGGAGCUCGGGUUGUUUCAUUACGUAUUACACUAAGCAAUGUUAUUGGUGGUUGGUCACUCGUUUCAUCAUCUCUAAAAUACCAUCAAACAAUAUUACUUCAACGUCUUCAUUUAAUCGAUAUUAAACCAUAUGAGUUUGAUACAUUUUUGCGGAGUUCUUUAGUAAAACAAUUACAUACUUUACUGGUUGAUGUGGCAUCAGACAGCGAUUUCAAUUAUCAAGACGUGGAAGGAGCAUAUCUGGCAAAGGUUUGUUCACAAUUGUCUACUCUAACGAUUUGUCGUCUUCCAUUUAUUUUUUGUUCUCAUACUCGUAAUGGAUUAUCAACAAAUUCAUCAACACCACCAUUGAUGACUUUACCAAAUCUUUCCAAUACAACUCAUCUUCGAUCAUUAACCAUUGGUAUGAACACAUCACGCUUUCUAGAACGUUUACUUCUUUGUGUGCCAUUUAUUGAAAAUCUUUCUGUUGGUGUACAAGAUCCAGAGAAAUCUUGUCCAAUAUCAGUUAGUGGAGAAAAAUUAUUUCCACACGCUAACAAGCUAUUAAUCAUUGUUUGUGAGAGAGAAAGUUGUCUUGCAGAUCUCAGUAGUUGUAGAAGUUCGAUGUCAUUACUCGUUCCAUGGUCAUUGUUAAUAAAAAUUUCAAUUGACAAUUACGAUACAAUUAGUACAGCUCAGCUCGCAUCAAUGUUACAAUUACCUUAUAACAUACAAACAUUAGAAAUAGAUGAUGAUGAUGGUGUUUUGCCUCGUGGUUUACUACGUAACGAAGAUAAUCUCGGUACAAUUGUUAAUCGACAAAUACAAUCACUUCAUCUAUUCGAUUGGUCAUUGACAAUGCGUGAUGUACAAGAUUAUUGUACGCUACUCAUUAAUCAGUUACCUAAUUUGAAAGACAUUUUUUUCGUCGUCUACAAGUCAUUUGAUGGAUGGUAUUGGGAACGACCACGGAGUGUCGCUGAUCAGAAUGAAUCUUCAAAACACAUUGUUAAUCUUAUUCAUUUAAUUGUAAAUCAUUUGAAACAGCUUGUUUCACUUCGUAUAUGA